GAAAAAGCACAGCCUUCAAGCUCUGAUCUACAAAGAGUUAAUGUCUUAAGAGCUAAAUGGAACUGUAUUAACUCCUCUCUUAACAAGCCAGGAAGACAAGAGGAUUCUAGAGGACUAGAGGACACCAGAACAGUCAGAGAAAAGAAUUAGAGCUCUUUGGAGGAAGCAGAACUUAGUCUCUGGAAUCCCUCACAGCUUGGGAAGUGAUACGACAUCACAUCUUCUGGUGGACAGCACAUCAAAGAACCUGUUAGAGACAUAGACUUCAUCCUUCUGAUGGUGCCGGCUUCGAAAGGUAAGAAUAUGAAAACUCAACUAUCCUUGAGCCGGAUGAGCCGGGAAGAACUGGAGGACAGUUUGUUUCGUCUUCGUGAAGAGCACAUGUUGGUGAAGGAACUUUCUUGGAAGCAACAGGAGGAGAUCAAGAGGACAGCAUAUGAAACUCUGCUCCAGAAGAAUCAAGGAAUCUUGAGUGAGGCCCAUGGUGUCCUCCUCAGCCAAGUGAAUGAGCUUAGGGCAGAGCUGAAAGAGGAGAGCAAGAAGGCUGUGAGCUUGAAGAGCCAAAGGGAGGAUAUGUCCAUCCUGCAGAUAACCCUAAAGGAGUUUCAGGAGAGAGUUGAAGAUUUGGAAAAAGAACGAAAAUUGCUGAAUGACAAUUAUGACAAACUCUUAGAAAACAUGCUGGACAGCAGUCAGCAGCGUGCCUGGAGCCCUGAGCUCGACGGAGAGCAGCUACAGCUGCAGGUCUCUCAGCUGCAGGCUCGGCUGGAUGCUGAGCUGGAGGAGAAGGGCAGAGUCCUACUUCAGCUGUCCAGAGAAGAAGCUCUAAACAAGGAUCUGAAGCUUGAAGUCACCCACUUGCUUCAGAAGCAUAAACAAGAAGUAGAUAGCUUCCAAAAUAAAGAUACAAUUUUCCAAUGUCCUGAUGGGCUAUCUGAAACAACCACUCACCUGCCUCUAUGCCAGGAGAUCACUCAGAUAGAGCCCAGUGAACCAAAAAACCAAGAAGAAAAGAAACUGUCCCAGACAUUAAAGGAGUUGCAAGCAUCACAUGGAGAGACCACACUGGAACUGGAAAAGACCAGAGACAUGCUUAUUCUGCAGUGCAAAAUCAAUGUGUGUUAUCAGGAGGAACUGGAGGCAAAGAUGACAAAAGCCAAUAAUGAAUGUAAAGACCGCAAAAAAAAACUGAAGAGGUUGAAUCAGCUCCUAGACCUCAAGAACAAUCGUAUCAAUCAACUGGAAGGUAUUUUAAGAAGCCCUGGCCUUUCCAUAUCUGAACAACUCAAAGAUGUGGUUUAUGGCACCCAACAGUUGUCAUUAUGUCUGGAAGCCCUGCCAGUCUGUGGAGAUGAGGAUAAAGUGGAAAUUUCUCUGCUGCAUCAGAGUGAAAAUCUUUUUGAACUGCACAUCCACCAGGCUUUCCUGACGUGUGCUGCCCUGACUCAAGCUGGAGAUGCUCAACCUACCACUUUCUGUACCUAUUCCUUCUAUGAUUUUGAAACCCACUGUACCCCACUAGUUAUGGGGCCACAGCCCCUCUAUGACUUUACCUCCCAGUAUGUGGUAGAGACAGACUCCCUUUUUGUGCACUACCUUCAAGGGGCUUCAGGCCAGCUAGAGCUACACCAGGCUAUAGCGACUAAGCACCACACCCUCGCAGCUGGAUGGAUUUGCUUUGACAGGGUGCUGGACACUGUAGAGAGAGUCCAUGGCUCUGCCACACUUACUGGAGCUGGUGGAGAGGACUUCGGGGUGCUAGAGUACUGGAUGAGGCUGCGCUUCCCCAUAAGAUCCAGCGUACAGGCAUGCAAUAAGCAAAAGGAAGCUCAGGCCUACCUGUCAGCCAGUGUGCCUGGAGCCUGGGAGGCCCAGGAAGAUGAGUCUAGAUCAGAGACUUGGAAGCAUCAGAAUGAGCUGCGGGUAGAAAUCAUCCGAUGCUGUGGACUCCAGAGUCGAUGGCUGGGAACCCAACCGAGCCCAUACGCCAUGUACCGCUUCUUCACCUUUUCUGACCAUGACACUGCCAUCAUUCCAGCCAGUAACAAUCCCUGCUUUAGAGACCAGGCUCGAUUCCCAGUGCUUGUAACCUCCGACCUAGAUCAGUACCUGAGGCAGGAGGCCCUGUCUGUCUAUGUUUUCGAUGAUGAAGACUCAGAGCCUGGCUCAUACCUUGGCCAAGUCCAAGUUCCCUUGCUUCCUCUUGCACAAAACAAAUCCAUUAAAGGUGAAUUUGACCUCACUGACCCUGUGGGGAAACCCAAUGGAUCUGUUCAGAUGCAACUAGAUUGGAAGUCCUUCUACCUAUCCCCGGGUAGCUACAGAAAGCCAGAGGAGAAUGACACCAAGGACAGUUUAGGGAUCUCAUCUGAAGAGAAGAAGACUUCCUUUCUUCCCCAGGACCAGAUGGCAUCUGCUGAGAUUCCCAUUGAAGCUGGCCAGUAUCAAGCUAAGAGAAAACCUCCACAGAUGGGAGAAAGAAAAGAAAAGGAACACCAGGUUGCAAGCUACUCAAGAAGAAAACGCAAAAACACAGGCAUCCAAGGAGAGAACAGAAUGGAGUAUCUUAGUUGUAACAUCUUAAAUGGAAGCACACUAGAGCAGGUGAAUUACACUGAAUGGAAGUUCUCACAGCUUAAGAUCUCCAUUGAUGACAGUUUAAAAAAUCAGCAAAAAGAAGAGGAAGUGAUAUCGUCCCAUUCAGCACUGAUACAGAAGGAAGCCAUACUUCCUGUUUCAGAGAGGAUGUGCAUUGAAAUUGUGUCCCUGGCCUUCUACCCAGAGGCUGAAGUGAUGUGUGAUGAGAACGUAAAACAAGUGUACGUGGAGUACAGGUUCUACGAUCUACCCUUGUCGGAGACAGAGACCCCAGUGUCCCUGAGGAAGCCGAGGGCAGGAGAAGAGAUCCACUUUCACUUCAGCAAAAUGAUAGACCUGGACCCACUGGAGCAAAAAGGCCGAAGGCAGUUUCUCUUCACCAUGAUGAAUGGACAAGAUCCUGAGCAUGGACAUUUGAAGUUUACAGUGGUAAGUGAUCCUAUGGAUGAGGAAAAGAAAGAAUGUCAAGAAGUGGGGUAUGCAUAUCUGGAACUGCGGACGAUCCUAGAGUCAGGAAGGGACGUUCUACAAGAGCUCAACAUUGUGAGCCCUGAAGAUCAAGCUACCACAAUAGGAAGGCUGAAGGUGUCCCUUGGAGCUGCUGCUGCCCUCCGUGCUAUUUACAAGGAGAUGACUGAAGAUUUCUUUUCGGGAUAGAACAACUGCUAUUCCAUUCUAAACUCUCUGAGGGAACUAGAGUCACAAUUCUUAUAAAGUAACUGCUACACCAUGAA